AUGUCGGAGCAUAAUGAGCUAAGUCAAACACAAAAUGUUGGGGAAAACAACCCCACACUGAAUAUAAAUGCUCCAGAAGGUGCCGAGAACGAUGAAAAUCCCGCUUUGUCCCCUUUUCUGGAACGACAGCGUCAAGAAAUGGAGCAACGCUUUGAGGAAGAACAUAAUCAAAACAAUCCCAUGGAACCCGACAAUCGUGGUAAGCAUUUAAACGAAGUCGGAGAUGCACCAAAACCUAAGUCCGACCAGGUUUCAUUUAAAACUUUCAAAAGCUGUGGUGCUACAGAAUAUGCGGGGCAAUCAGAUCCCGAAUUGGCGAUGCAAUGGAUCCAGAACACAGAAAAGGUGUUUCAAAUUACCGAGUUUGACGUGGGACGAAUUCAGAAAAGGUUCUUUGAACAAUAUUGCCCUAUUGACCUACAAAGGCGUCUUGAAAAGGAGUUCUUGGAUCUGAAGCAAGGCAAGAUGACUAUACUAGACUAUGAAACUGAAUUCAACAAGAAGGCACGAUUUGUACAACGAUUCCUGAGCUCCGAACAGGAUAAGAUCGAACAUUUCAUUGGAGGACUACGGAAGGAGAUUCGAAGUGUUGUGGUAACUCGUGAUGUUUCCAGUUUUAGCAAGAUAGUUGAAUACGUUCAGUAUUGUGAGUAUGAAUUAUCCAUUCCUGAUGAUAAUGAAUCGAUGUCGAAACGUCCGCAAACUGAGAGGAUGAUGUCUACCCCAACACAGCGUCGAGCACACCAAGAGAUUGUCGGAGGUGCGAAAAGACACACCAAGGCCGGUGUGAUACAGAUAGAUCUGUUAUUAAAUGCUUUUGUUGCGGUGAAAGUGUUAGGACAUCGUAUUAAAGAUUGUCCCCGUAUAAAAAAAGAUGAAAGCAAAGCCUUGGUACAACAACCAACGAGAGUGGGUACUUCAACCCAAAAGGAGGAGGUGCCCAGGGCACAAGCCAGGGCUUUUCAAAUCACAGCAGCGGAGGCAUUGAAGGAACCGGACGUCGUAACUGGUAUUUUUCUUCUCAAUGAUACACUUGCAUGUAUUUUAUUUGACUCGGGAGCCAUAAAUUCUUUUGUGUCACUUUAUUAUACUCAGUACCUCGAUUUUGUGCCAAUCAUGCUUGAGAAACCUUUCAAUGUCGACACUGCGAACAGAGUAACACUCGUAGCUGAUAAAGUUUAUAAAGACUGUAAAUUAGACUUAGAUGACCAUGAGUUCACGGUCGAUUUGAUUCCAAUGGAUAUUCAUAACUUUGAUGUGGUGAUUGGUAUAGAUUGGUUGAUGAAGAACCGAGCAGAUAUCAUCUGCUCGCGACGAAUGAUACAAAUUUCGAUGGAAAAUGGAGAAUUCUUAUAUGUCUACGGUGAAUGA